UUAAUAUGCAACAAUCUCAGCGCUAGUAUUCUCCUUACACUAUACUCCUAUUCGCCAGGAGCUAAUAAUACCGCCCAGUCAUUUUUUUUGCAUCUCAAGUACAAACUAUUGCUAUACUCGCCAGUCGAGCCUUACUAGCCUUUCCGAAUAGAUCAAAUAAAAAUAGCGAAAAGGAAAUUGCUUUUUCAGUGUCUUUCAAGUUUUCCCUUACGUAAUUUUUUUUUGCCUGUGGUGCGAAUGUGUAUAUUUAUUUUUAGCUGUGAUAUAUAACAUAUAUAUAUUUUUUCCAAUAUGGGUGAUAAGAUCAAAAGGCUAAAAGCUGAGGACAGAAAUGACAGCUAUAACAGUUUUUCGGCGGCUAUUAACUCCAGGGAGCAAUUAACACCAAAAACAAAUGCACAUACAUACGCCAUCGAGCUUAGUGAAAUCAAAAGAAAAGAAGCCGGUGACUAUGACCCAUAUGACCAUAGUGAUAUUGAACAUCCCACUACAAAUUUCGAAACCCUAAUUCAUUUGCUUAAAAGCAGCUUCGGUACAGGUAUCCUAGCAAUGCCGCUGGCAUUUUACCACUCAGGGUAUGUCUUAGGUAUAAUUGGUACAACCCUUAUUGGUAUGUUGUGUACAUACUGUAUGCAUAUGCUUGUACGGACAGAAUACGAGCUAUGCAAACGGAAAAAGGUACCUAGUUUAACUUAUCCUGGUGCUGCCGAAGCAGCUUUGUUGGAAGGACCACCGUUUUUACAAAAACUGGCGCCAUAUUCAGGCGCAAUAAGUAAUACAUUCCUCCUCCUCUACCAGCUUGGAAUCUGCUGCGUCUAUACCGUCUUCGUCGCAGAAAACAUCAAAAACGUCUUAGAUGUAUACAUGACCACCAACCCUUUGGAUGAAAGGAUUAUUAUGCUGAUCACGCUGUUACCACUUAUUUUUAUCAACUACAUCAAAAACUUGAAAUUUUUGGCACCUUUGACGACGUUGGCAAAUGUUUUAACACUGGUUUCAUUUGUUAUUAUUUUCUACUUUAUUUUCAAUAAGGAAGUCUCUUUUGAAGGUAAAGAACCUGUUGGGAAUAUUAGAGAUUUACCGUUGUACUUUGGGACAGUGUUAUUUGCCUUGGAAGCUAUUGGAAUGAUCAUGCCUCUCAAAAAUGAAAUGAGGAAUCCAGAAAACUUUGGCUCAAAGUUUGGAGUCCUUAACAUUGGUAUGUUAGUGGUACUUACCCUAUAUAUUUUAACUGGGUUCUUUGGAUAUCUUGCUUAUGGAAGCCAUGUUGGAGGAUCUAUAUCCUUUACAAUUGAUCCAGAUAAUAUUGCUGCUCAAAUCUGCAAAAUAAUGUUAGCCGUGGCCAUAUUUACGACACAUGCACUGUCAAUGUAUGUGGCCAUCGAUAUUGUCUGGACCCAAAACCUACUUCAACGUUUCGAGAAGAGUAUGUAUGUCAACAUUUGGGAAUACGCAAUUAGGACAUUCCUAGUUGUAAUAACUUUUGCCUUAGCAGUUGCAAUUCCCUACAUCGACCUCUUCAUUUCCCUGGUAGGGGCAUUCUGCAUCUCAAUCAUCGGAAUAGCAGUACCCGCCAUAAUGGACUCUUGUGUUAGAUACCAAGAGCUGCGAAGGCUUAAGGGAAUAUUUAUUCACGGCAAAAACAUCGCCAUAGUGAUUUUUUCAGUGUUUGGUCUUGUAGUUGGUACCGGCACUAGUAUACAAAAAAUUGUAGAGAAAUUUUCACCUGUAGAAGUCAGUAUUAGCAGCUUUAACAGUACUAGCACGUGAUAGAAUUUAUAGAUUACGAUUGAAAUUUUAUCAUGUGAUAUUUUUUUAUGGCUGAGAUUUCUUUGUUGUGCAGUGAUUGUAGUGGAAUUACAGUUUAGAGCUCAAAUUUCAGCCAAAAUUCAAAGAGUAGAUAAAAUAGAAUUAUAAUGAAAAAUGAUCCUAAUAGAAUAGAGCUAAAAAAUUAAAUAUAUAUCUACUCAAAAUAAUAUGUUGUAUAAAAUAUACAAGAGUAAUUGUAAUAUUUUUUUAAGUUUUAAGCAGCGGUGUACACCGUGUUUUGUUCUUAGAGCAGUAUUUGCAAAUUUAAAGAUAUUUUUUAAAGAAACAAAAAUAGAUAGGAUAUUGUGAUAUUGUUUUACAGUUUGAUGAAUUAAGUAAGUGUGUUAUAGAAUUAAAACUAUAUUUGUUACAAAACCAACCAACUUGUUAAAAUACCUAAUAAAAAGAGUUUUAUUUGAAUUUUA